CGUGGGGUAGUGCCGGAGCCGGCGGCAAGGCUGGGGUCUUGUCCCCAAGGCCUCUGAUUUUUCCCUCGUCUUUCCCCUCGCCUUUCGACAGGUUGGCUCAGCAAUGGAUGCGGCCUUCGGGCUGGUGGAGCCUUUCACCAAAAUCAAGGGUACGGGAGAAGAGGACGACGAGGACAGGGUAGCCUGGGUGAAGGAGGAGAGCAGUGCCUGUGACUGCGGUGCUGGAGUCACCGCGCUGGAUGGAGGAGGUGACCCCCCAGAGUGGUCCCUGCCCCCCGAAGAGGGCGAAAAGCAGUUGCUGACAUUACAGACAGUGCAUCUGGAGGCGGGGGAAGACGCCUUCCAGGGGGAGCAUCAGCUAAGCAUGCCGCCGCAGAAUGGGGAGCGCGCGGGGGCGUGGGACGGGGCCGGCCUCCUGCAGCCUCUGGUGGUGGUGCAGCAGGGGCACGGUCUUCUCCAGGACCUGCCUGCAGGUGUGGCCCUGAGCGUACAGGAAGGGGUCUGCGUGUUUUAUGACCUGGAGGUGAUCCAGAGUAGUAUUUUGCAAGAAAGAAUGCAAGCAAAGAAUUUAGAAAGCAAGUCACCAGAGAGCCCGGUAGACAUGCUACUGAUUGAGCUUGACGGAGAUAAAGAUGUCAUCGCACUUGAAAAUAAGGUCCAGCCACUAACUCCAUCUGAAGAGGGAGGAGAAAAGGAACUUUUCAGUGUUGGGGAAGCAAAGAGCCUGGACUGUAAAGCCAGUGGUGAUUUGUUGGUUUCAUGCAAUAAACACAAACAACAGGAAUAUGUGAAUCCAUCAGAACAAGCUGUUACCAAAAGUCCCAAGUCUCUAAAACCUCAAAUUAGCACUUCAUGUCAGAAAAAAGCAGUUUUCAACUGUGAUUUGUGCGCGUUCACCUCACUCAGAAUAUCAAGUCUUAACCGUCAUGUGAAAAUCCAUUCUGAUGAAAAACGUCAUGUGUGUCACCUGUGUCUCAAGGCUUUUCGUACAGCUACUCUCCUGCGUAACCAUGUGAAUGCACAUACAGGGACCAGACCAUAUAAAUGCAGUGACUGUGAUAUGGCAUUUGUGACCAGUGGUGAGCUUGCACGACACAGGCGUUACAAGCAUACUUUAGAAAAACCUUUCAAGUGUUCAAUAUGUAAAUAUUCUAGCGUAGAAGCAAGCAAACUGAAGCGACACAUUCGCUCACAUACAGGAGAGCGUCCUUAUGCCUGUUACCUUUGCAGUUAUGCUAGCAAAGAUACAUGUAAACUGAAAAGACACAUGAUAACUCAUUCAGGUGAAAAACCGUAUGAAUGUUAUGUUUGCCAGGCCAGAUUCACUCAAAGUGGUACCAUGAAAAUUCAUAUAUUACAAAAGCAUGGUGAAAAUGUGCCAAAAUACCAAUGUCCACAUUGUAGUACAUUUAUUGCAAGAAAAAGUGACUUGGGUGUCCACUUGCGAAAUCUGCAUUCCUACAUGGCAGUGGCAGUUAAAUGCAGUUACUGUGAAGCCGCUUUUCAUGAGCGCUAUGCUCUUACUCAGCACAAGAAGACUCACAGAAAUGAAAAAAGAUUCAGAUGUGAUCAGUGCAGCUAUGCAUGCAAGCAGGAACGAUGCUUACUUGUGCAUAAACGAACCCAUACUGGUGAGAAGCCCUUUACUUGCUUGUGCUGCGGCAAAAGCUUUCGACGAAAGCAGCUUCUCACUGUUCACUUUAGGAAGCACCACGAUUCCAAUUUUAAACCUACAGUUUAUGAAUGCCCUAAAUGUGGUAAGGGCUAUUCACGCUGGAGUAAUAUGCAUAAGCAUGCUGAAAAUUGUGGAUUGGUGAGGGCAAAAGCUGUUACAUCCAGGAAAAGAAGCAAGGGCAAAAAGAAAAAACGCGAGAACCUAAAGCAUGUUAAGCAAGAAGGUAAUCAGCGAAUAAGUUAGAAUUUAAUCAUGUAAAUUAGAAUCAAGAAUAAAAGGCUAAGGCAGUGACUCUCCCCUGCUGUUUAAUUACUGUUUCACAAUGAAGCUAAUUUAAGUGCUAAUAAUGGAAGAACGCUUCAGAAAAGUCUUUAUUGCGUGUCAAAAUUCUAGUCAUCUGAGCUUGGGUCAUUGCUCAGGUGCCCAUAUUCCCCUGCUCCUGCAAAUGUCUUCCUAAACUCCCUACUCAGCAAA